AAUUUCCAUACCAUGCUCACCUUCUUCCUGUCAGUCAUUAAGCACAAAAAGCAGCCUCUUUUCUUUUGACGUAUAAACUUCACUCACCACUCUCCCCAGCACUUGUAAAUCCCAAAUCAAAACUCUUCCUUGAGAAAUCAAAUUGGGAGCAAUCCACGGCGACCAAAAGCCCUAAUUUUCGAUUGAAAGAUUGUAUUUUGAAGAAUGAGCCGCGGAAGUGGAGGCGGGUACGAUAGGCACAUAACGAUCUUCUCUCCUGAAGGUCGUCUCUACCAAGUUGAAUAUGCUUUCAAAGCUGUGAAGGCUGCCGGAAUAACGUCGAUUGGCGUUCGUGGGGCGGAUUCAGUCUGCGUUGUUACACAGAAGAAAGUCCCGGACAAGCUUUUGGAUCAGACAAGCGUCACCCAUUUGUUUCCCAUUACCAAAUAUCUUGGCUUGUUGGCUACGGGCAUGACGGCUGAUGCAAGAACUCUGGUUCAUCAAGCAAGGAAUGAGGCUGCUGAGUUUCGCUUCAGAUAUGGAUAUGAAAUGCCGGUUGACUCAUUGGCACGAUGGAUUGCUGAUAAGUCUCAAGUAUACACACAGCAUGCCUAUAUGAGACCACUUGGCGUAGUUGCUAUGAUAUUGGGUGUUGAUGAAGAAAAAGGUCCUCAGCUCUUCAAGUGCGACCCUGCCGGUCAUUUUUUUGGCCACAAGGCAACAAGUGCUGGAGGGAAAGAGCAAGAAGCCAUUAAUUUCUUAGAAAAAAAGAUGAAGAAUGAUCCUGCAUUAUCCUAUGAAGAAACUGUGCAGACUGCAAUAUCAGCUCUACAAUCUGUUCUGCAGGAGGACUUUAGAGCCAGUGAGAUUGAGGUGGGUGUUGUGAGGAAAGAAGAUCCAGUUUUCAAAGUUUUGUCGACUGAAGAAAUCGAUGAGCACUUAACUGCAAUUAGUGAGCGUGACUGACCUCAUUUGGUCUGGAAAAUGUUAUGCCGGCCAUGAACUAUGUUUGAUGAUUAAUAGAGAAUUUUGGAUAUGUCCGAAAUUUUUUUCGUAUUCUGUCAUUAUGUACUGUAUCAAUGGUCGUUCGGCUGAAGUUGAACUUUUGGAAUUNAGAUUUAAAAUAUUUUGAUGUAUUUAAUUUAGACUUUAUAAAACUUUUAAGGGGGCGAUUGGAUAUAAAUCCAAUCGGUUAUGAUCCAAUUUAGUUGGUUAAAGUAGGUUAUUUUGAAUAAAGUAAAUUGAAUGGAUAAUUUAGAAUUUGAAAUUAAAUAAUAUUUAAAA